UUUCACGCCACAGCAGCACAGAGACGGCGAGAUAGCGAGGCGAGCCAGGGAGAGAUCCACUCAGCGGCUAUAGCCAUGGCUGAACGGCGCGCCUUCGCUCAGAAAAUUAGCAGGACUGUGGCAGCAGAAGUAAGGAAGCAGAUCGCAGGCCAGUAUGGAGGCUCCCCACAGCUGCUUAAAAACCUAAACGUCGCUGCCAGUGCAUCCCAUCACACAGUUCCACUCACAGAAGCGGUGGAGCCGGUGGACUAUGAAGACUAUCACAUGAGUCACCCACCCACGGUGGAGUCGGGUCCUCUCAGGGACCUCGUGGAGUUCCCCCCCGAUGAUAUUGAAGUGCUCUACACGCCCCGGGAGUGUCGCACGCUGGUGCCAGCUGUAACAGAAGAAGGUGAUAAUGACCCACACAUUAAGAACUGUGCAGGAUCCUACACUGAAGACUGGGCAAUUGUAAAUAGAAAAUACCAUAAGCUUGGGACAGGGUUUAACCCAAAUAUGCUCGACAAACAGAAAGAGAGGCAGAAGGGCCUCCCAAAGCAAAUCUUUGAAUCUGACGAAAUGCCAGCCAGCCACAGCUACCAGGAUGAGCAGGAUGAGCUCAAAAGGAGGUCCAUGUCUAUAGAUGACACCCCGCGGGGGAGCUGGGCCUGCAGUAUCUUCGAUCUCAAGAACUCGCUCCACGACCCGCUGCUUCCCAACCUGCUGGACCGGGUGCUGAACGAGGAGAUCGAUCGCCAGAACGAGGAGCAGAGAAAAUCAAACCGGCACAGAGAACUGUUCGCUCUUCACCCGGCACUGGAGGAGGACGACCCUAUUGAGCGACACAGCAUUCCCGACGUCCCCAAAGAGCACUUUGGACAGAGGCUGCUGGUAAAAUGUUUAUCGUUAAAGUUUGAAAUAGAAAUUGAGCCGAUUUUCGCAAGCUUGGCCUUGUAUGACGUCAAAGAAAAGAAAAAGAUUUCGGAAAAUUUCUUCUUUGACUUGAACUCUGAACAGAUGAAGUCGAUGCUGCGCCCGCAUGUUCAGUCUGCUGCGAUUUCUACCCUGGCCAGAUCAGCCAUCUUCUCCAUUACUUACCCUUCCCAAGACGUCUUCCUGGUCAUAAAGCUGGAGAAGGUGCUACAGCAAGGAGAUAUCGGAGAGUGUGCAGAGCCGUACAUGGUCUUCAAGGAGUCGGACACUGCCAAGAACAAGGAGAAGCUGGAGAAGCUGAGGGCCCAGUCAGAGCAGUUUUGCCAGAGGCUGGGCCGGUAUCGAAUGCCCUUUGCCUGGACAGCGAUCCAUCUGAUGAACAUUGUGAACAGCGCUGGGAGCCUGGAGAGAGAUACUAACGAACUAGAAAUCGGGGUGCCAGAGCGUAAAGGGUCGUGGUCCGAGAGAAGGAAUUCCAGUAUCGUGGGCCGACGGUCUCUCGAGAGAACCACAAGCGGGGACGAGACUUGCAACCUCACCAACUUCAGACCGGCCACUCUGACUGUGACCAACUUCUUCAAGCAGGAAGGAGAUCGCCUGAGUGACGAGGAUCUGUAUAAAUUUCUUGCUGACAUGAGAAGGCCUUCUUCAGUUUUAAGGAGGCUUCGACCUAUUACAGCUCAGCUGAAGAUCGAUAUCUCCCCAGCCCCAGAAAAUCCACACUACUGCCUAACCCCUGAGCUGCUGCAGGUUAAACCCUACCCUGACAGCAGAGUCCGACCCACCAGAGAGAUACUAGAAUUUCCAGCGAAGGACGUGUAUGUCCCAAACAUAACCUACAGGAACCUGCUGUUUGUGUAUCCCCAAAGUCUUAAUUUUGCAAAUCGACAAGGUUCUGCAAGAAACAUCACAGUCAAAGUGCAGUUUAUGUGUGGUGAAGACCCUAGCAAUGCCAUGCCGGUAAUCUUUGGCAAAUCCAGCUGUUCCGAGUUUUGCAGAGAGGCCUAUACUACAGUGGUGUAUCACAGCAGAUCCCCUGAUUUCUACGAUGAAAUAAAGAUCAAACUCCCCACCACCUUGACGGACCAUCACCACGUGCUCUUCACGUUCUACCAUGUGAGCUGCCAGCAGAAACAGAGCACUCCUCUGGAAACUGCAGUGGGAUACACGUGGAUCCCAAUGCUUCAGAACGGGCGCAUUAGAACAGGACAGUUCUGUCUUCCAGUGUCGUUGGAGAAGCCGCCACAGUCCUACUCAGUCCUCUCCCCGGAUGUGCCGCUUCCUGGAAUGAAAUGGGUCGAUAACCACAAAGGUGUUUUUAAUGUGGAAGUUGUAUCGGUUUCAAGCAUUCACACCCAGGAUCAAUUCCUGGACAAGUUCUUUGCUCUGGUCCAUGCCCUGGAUGAACACUCGUUCCCGGUUCGAAUCGGAGAUGUCAGAAUAAUGGAGAACAACCUGGAAGCUGAACUGAAGACCAGCAUUGCUGCUUUGAGCAAUUCCCAGCUGGAGCCAGUUGUCCGAUUCCUGCACCCACUGCUGGAUAAGCUGAUUCUGCUGGUUGUCAGGCCCCCUGUGAUUGCAGGGCAAAUAGUUAAUCUGGGUCAGGCUGCCUUUGAAGUCAUGGCUUCGGUUGUGAACAGACUGCAUAAAUACGUGGACAGCAGCCAGGAUCAGCAUGGGAGGAACAGCCUCUUGUCUUCCUACAUUUAUUAUGUUUUUCGCCUGCCGAACAUGGACCCCAGUUCUGCAUCGCCAGGCCCUGGUACUUUAGGAGGCUCGGUGCAUUAUGCCACCAUGGCUCGAUCAGCAGUAAGGCCUGCCAGCUUACACCUAAACCGCUCGCGGAGUCUCAGCAACAGCAACCCAGACAUCUCGGGGACCCCCACAUCGCCAGACGAGGAAGUAAGAGCCAUCAUCGGAAGCAAAGGUUUAGACCGAUCCAAUUCCUGGGUAAACACUGGCGCGUCGAAGGCUGUUCCCUGGGGAACCAGCCCCGAUUCCAUGCAGGGCAUGGAUCGGAGUUGCAAUCGCAUGUCAACGCACAAUGAGACUGCAAGCUUCUUGCAGACUUUAACAGGACGAUUACCCACUAAAAAGCUGUUCCACGAGGAGCUGGCACUGCAGUGGGUUGUGAGCAGUGGCAGUGUGCGGGAAGGGGCUCUCCAGCAGGGCUGGUUUUUCUUUGAACUGAUGGUGAAAAGUAUUAUACAUCAUUUGUACUUUACGGACAGACUGGAUUCCCCGAGGAGAAACCGCUUUCCAGAGCGCUUUAUGGAUGACAUAACGGCCUUGGUGAGCACCAUCGCGGGCGACAUCGUCUCCAGGUUUCAAAAGGACCUGGAGCUUGUUGAGAGACUCAAUACCAGCCUUGCGUUCUUUCUUAAUGACUUGCUGUCUGUGAUGGACAGAGGCUUUGUCUUCAGUCUUGUAAAGACCUACUGGAAGCAGGUUUCCACGAAGCUGUAUGCUCUGCAGAGUCCUACAGUGCUGGUCUCCCUAAGGCUGGAUUUCCUUCGUGUCGUCUGCAGUCAUGAACACUACGUAACACUGAACCUGCCCUGCAGUUUACUGACCCCUCCAGCCUCGCCCUCCCCGUCUGUGUCUUCAGCAACGUCGCAGAGUUCUGGGUUUUCUACAAGCGUGCAAGAUCAGAAGAUUGCCAACAUGUUUGAGCUGUCGGUUCCAUUCCGUCAGCAGCACUACCUGGCAGGGCUGGUACUGACCGAGUUAGCGCUCAUUCUGGACCCAGAAGCGGACGGUUUUUCUGGACUGCAUAAGAAAGUGAUAAGCGUGGUUCACAACCUGCUCUCCAGUCACGACUCGGAUCCCCGCUACACAGACCCUGACGUGAAGGCCCGCGUGGCGAUGCUCUACCUGCCACUCAUAGGCAUCGUCAUGGAAACGGUGCCCCAGCUGUAUGACUUCACAGAGUCUCAGAGCCAGCGUGGAAAGCCAGGCAGUGCAGCUGUGGAUGAGCAUGACAACGAGGGGGGCAGCAUGAUCAGCCAGACCGUCGCCAUGGCAAUAGCAGGGACGGCUGUUCCACAGCUCAGCCGGCCCAGCAGCUUCCUUCUAAACCCCUCGGCUGGGAGACAGCUUGCAGUGUUCUCGGCCGAGUCGAGCCGCAGUCUCCUGAUCUGUCUGCUGUGGGUGCUGAAGAACGCAGAUGAACUUGUUCUGCAGAGGUGGUUCACAGACCUGUCCGUCAUGCAGCUGAACCGUUUGCUGGAUCUGCUGCACCUUUGUGUCUCCUGCUUUGAAUACAAGGGUAAAAAAUCGUUUGAGAGAAUGAACAGUUUGACGUUUAAGAAGUCCAAAGAUAUGAAGGCAAAGCUGGAAGAAGCGAUCCUGGGAAGUAUCGGGGCAAGGCAGGAAAUGGUCCGUCGAAGCAGAGGACAGCUAGAGAGAAGUCCCUCUGGCAGUGCCUUUGGAAGCCAGGAAAACCUCAGAUGGAGAAAGGAUAUGACACACUGGCGUCAGACCAGUGAACGGAUGGACAAGAGCCAGAAAGCAGUCAGAUCCAGAGCAGAGUUGGACCAUGAAGCACUUAUCGAUGGGAAUCUUGCUACAGAAGCCAAUCUAAUCAUUUUGGAUACUCUGGAGAUAAUUGUGCAGACUGUGUCCCUGGCCGAAUCCAAGGAGAGUAUUCUUGGGGGGGUGCUGAAGGUGCUGCUGCACAGCAUGGCCUGUAAUCAGAGUGCACUCUACCUGCAGCACUGCUUUGCUACGCAGAGGGCCCUGGUUUCCAAGUUUCCAGAGCUGCUGUUUGAAGAGGAGACAGAGCAGUGUGCGGAUCUGUGCCUCAGACUCCUGAGGAACUGCAGCAGCAGCGUCAGCACAAUCCGAGCCCAUGCCAGCGCCUCCCUGUACCUGCUGAUGAGACAGAACUUCGAGAUCGGCAAUAAUUUCGCCAGAGUGAAGAUGCAGGUGACGAUGUCCCUGUCCUGUCUCGUUGGGACCUCGCAGAACUUCAAUGAUGAGUUCUUGAGGAGAUCUCUAAAGACAAUCCUGACGUACGCAGAGGAGGACUUGGAGCUGAGGGAGACCACCUUCUCUGAUCAGGUCCAGGACCUCGUCUUUAAUCUUCACAUGAUCCUGUCUGACACUGUGAAGAUGAAGGAGCACCAGGAAGACCCAGAGAUGCUGAUUGACCUCAUGUACAGGAUCGCUAAAGGAUACCAGACCUCCCCGGACCUGCGGCUGACCUGGCUGCAGAACAUGGCUGGGAAGCACUCUGAGAGGAACAACCAUGCUGAAGCGGCGCAGUGCCUGGGGCACGCGGCAGCGCUGGUCGCAGAGUACCUGAGCAUGCUGGAGGAUCGCAAGUACCUGCCUGUGGGCUGUGUCACCUUCCAGAACAUCUCAUCGAAUGUGUUGGAGGAGUCUGCGGUGUCUGAUGACGUGCUGUCCCCGGAUGAAGAGGGAAUAUGCUCUGGGAAGUACUUCACUGAGGCAGGGCUGGUGGGGCUGCUGGAACAGGCUGCUGCUUCCUUCUCACUGGCAGGAAUGUACGAGUCUGUGAAUGAAGUUUAUAAAGUGUUGAUUCCAAUCCACGAGGCAAACAGGGAUGCCAAGAAGCUUGCCAGUAUUCAUGGUAAACUGCAGGAAGCAUUCAGCAAAAUCGUUCACCAGAGUACUGGCUGGGAGAGAAUGUUCGGUACCUAUUUCCGAGUUGGAUUUUACGGAUCCAAAUUUGGAGACUUGGACGAGCAAGAGUUUGUUUACAAAGAGCCGUCAAUCACGAAGCUGGCAGAGAUUUCCCACCGGUUAGAGGGAUUUUACGGUGAGAGAUUUGGAGAGGACAUGGUGGAAGUCAUAAAAGAUUCUAAUCCGGUCGACAAAUGCAAACUGGAUCAGAACAAGGCAUACAUCCAGAUCACGUACGUGGAGCCUUACUUUGAUAGCUACGAGAUGAAGGACAGGAUCACAUAUUAUGAUAAGAAUUACAACCUGCGUCGCUUCAUGUACUGCACCCCGUUCACACUCGACGGCCGGGCUCAUGGUGACCUUCACGAGCAGUUCAAGCGCAAGACGUUCCUGACCACGUCCCAUGCGUUCCCCUACAUCAAAACCAGGAUAAACGUCAUGCACAAAGAAGAGGUAAUUUCCACGCCCAUUGAAGUUGCCAUUGAGGAUAUGCAAAAGAAAACCCAGGAACUUGCAUUCGCCACACACCAAGAACCAGCCGAUCCCAAGAUGCUUCAGAUGGUACUGCAGGGCUCUGUGGGGACCACUGUCAACCAGGGUCCUUUGGAAGUGGCCCAAGUGUUCCUGUCAGAAAUACCCAGCGACCCCAAACUGUUCAGACAUCACAACAAACUGCGAUUGUGCUUCAAGGAUUUCAAUAAAAAGUGUGAAGAUGCGCUGCGUAAGAACAAGAGUCUCAUUGGGCUGGAUCAGAAGGAGUAUCAGCGAGAACUGGAGCGGAACUACCACCGACUCAGAGAGGCGCUUCAGCCUUUGAUAAGCAGGAAGAUUCCCCAGCUCUAUAAGCCAAUCUUACAAGUCAGUUCUCACAGAGAUUCCUUCAGCAGGCUGAGUCUUCGGAAACUGGAUAUUUGAAAGAGCCCAGAACAUAUUUAUUCCUUUGUACAUAUAAAGGUUUAUUCAAUCUCCAGUAUUCAAGCCAGUCUGUGUAAUUCUGGUACUUCUUUUUCCCUCAAGACUACAGCAAACUGUAUUCACUACACUAUUGAAUUUAAAGUGGAUCUGAAGGGUGAAACUUUAUUUCCUGAAGUGUGCACAUUAUAAGUGUUGUGUCCAAAUGCCUUUCACUUCACACUAUAUAUAUAGCUGUUAAGGUUUUAUUGUUUAAUCAAAGAAACAAACACCGCUAUUUAUGAUUAAGUUCUGUUUGAGUGUUUUUUUUAUGAUUUAAGAAGAUGUUUUAAACAUUG